UCCAAGUUCUAGAUUCCGCCCGUCCUGCUACGACCUUCCUCUCCGAUCUGAAGCUAUCCCCGCCUCCCUCUACGGCCGGCGUUGUCGAUCCCAUCCACGGGCUCGGUUAGUGGUGGCCCAUCGGAUUGUCCCGCCGGAUCCCGGGACGGACGUCCGGCUUUUGGUUGGCCCUUGUGGCGAGCUCGUUGAGGUGGCCGGGUGGGUGGGUCUGGAGCCGACCUGAUGGCUUACCAGGUGCGUGUCAAGACCCUCGAGGGUCGGGAUCACACCUUCUCCGACCUGGACGAGACCAUGACCAUCCUGGCCUUCAAGGAGUCCAUCCGGGACACGGUCGCGAUCCCGGCCAACCGACAGCGAUUGAUUUACUGUGGGCGGGUGCUGCAGGACGCCGUCACCCUCAAGGAUGCGGAGGUCAACGGCAAAGUCGUUCAUUUGGUGCAACGCCCACCGCCCACCGAUGCCAAUGGGUCCGAUCCCCUGGCCAAUGGUCCACCCCGGAAUACAACGCCAGCCACAGGGACGCGUCAUGCCAUUCAUUUGCACGGACCGCAAUUGUCCCCGUUUGUGCGACCCCUCAUGCCCAUGGGGCACGGGGCCUCUAUGGCCCAGGCCAGUCCCCGCGUCCGUCUCCACCUGGUCAAAGAAAUGCUGAGGCGUGCCAAGUUAGUGGUGGACCGAUUGAACAAUCCCCAAGCCUCGGAAUCCGAUGCAGCCAGCCGUCGAUCUUCACCCGCACGAGAGUCGGAUGAGUCCCCCCGGAACAUCCGAAGUGGCUUUCCAAGCAUGAGCUUCGAGGAUCUGGCCUCUGGAAGCGACCACGAAGAUGGGGCCCAGGGCGGACCUUCCCUCAACGGGGCCUCGGCUUCCGUGCACAUUACCGCAGCCUCACCCGAGGGUGAGAGCGUCCCCGUGGGCCAUCUGCCUCCGGGGAUGGCCGAAGCGAUUGGCGGAUUGGUGCAUCGAGCUAUGGCCUCGCACAUGCAACCCCCACCCGGGGUUGAAGCGGUGCCUCACGGUCAAGCCGUGGCCAUGUCUUUUCGCUUGGACGAGAGUGGCCAAAUGGUACCGGCUGAUGCCAACUCGGCUCAGUUGUUGUCGCGAAUCAACGGCCAAGCCGCCGUUGGGCCUCGAGGCAAUGCGACACCCGGAAAUAGUAAUGACAAUGUGGAUCGGCGACGACCUCGCUCCACCAACCCAGCCACGACCCCUGAUGCUAUGGAUACCGCUACCCAGUCUGAUGCUGACACGGGAUCGGCAGCGGGCGCUUCCGGGGCCAAUGGGACGACCAAUGAUGCCCCUGGGCCCAAUCAAGGCCCACCUGGAUCGCUUGAGCCCGCGUCUUUGUCAGACAUGGCGGAUGCCAUGAGCGAGUAUCAAGCCGUUCACCAACAACUACAAACACACUGGGACCGAUUGAAUGAGCUCCUACGUGACAACAACGGCACCCUCGACGAAGAGAGUCACCAUCAGUUCUAUCAGGUCACACACGCGAUGCAUUACUUGAGCCACGCCCUCCACGCUUUGUCGGAUAUGAACCUGCACAACUCGCGACUCACUCAGCGCAUUGUCCGAGCCCGACCCAUUGUGAUACAAACGUCAACCACGGCCACGGUGCCCACGGUCGUCCAAGUGAGCGAAUCGCCCGCCCGUCGAAGCAAUGGAACCGCUCCCGCCUCGACGUCCACCACGCGGUCAAGUACAAGCACCAGCACCACCGCCACAGCGACGACAUCCUCAUCUGCCGCCAGUGCAAGUACUGCUUCGGCCACGCCCCGGAUCCCCGGCAACUUUGCCUUCAGGCCCGACAAUCCCAUGCCUUUCAUGUCUCAAGGCGACCCCUCGGCCAUGGUGAGUGCGGCAAUCAAUGCAGCGGUGAAUGAAAGCGCAAGUCAACUCGGCGCCGGAAUUGCGCUCGGGGUUACGCCCAUUGUCGUAGGCAUUGAGAUGGGCCCGGAGAUUGUUGUGAGCUCCUCUGCCGGACCUGCCAUAUCGGGAGAGGCCAAUCUGGGUCUGGGUGGACCUCAACCUCGUGGAGCUGGUUUUCCGACGCAGAACAUCAUCCAAGGAUUGUUACAAGGGGCCAUGAGCAGCGGAGCCAAUGCCGCAUCAACGCCCUCGGGCACAACGGCGGGCUCGAGCACAAGUGCCACCAACGGUCCGAACGCUAAUAAUGCCCAAGACAGCCAGGCCCGAGGAAACACUACUACCAAUCCCACCACGUCGACACGCACCCGCUCCAGUCCGCACUAUCACUACACGCCCCGUAUUCAGGGGGGAAUUCGCUAUGGUUCCAUCGCUUUCGAUCCGUUCCUGCCCUGCAACUCCCAUCACAUUCAGAGCUCGAGUUCGCGACGACGAAUCCGUCACCCCGCUGGAUUGACCCCACAGAGGCCCCGAUCGGCCAGUGUGCCGCCCCGACGUCCCGAAAACAACCAGCGAACUCGCUCAUCCAGCCAUCAACGAGCCACGACGAAUUCCUCGCCUCAAAUGAACAGGCGUGGCACGGGCAUGACCCUCUCCCCGGAGCGCCUCCAGCAAAUGGCCGUGGGAGCUGUGGCGGCGCAGAACUACUUGACACACCAAAGGGAGCACCAGCGUCAUAUGUUUCGUCAUUACACACAGCACGGUGCGGCCGUUGCAUCGGCUCCGGCCACACCUCCCCGGCCCUCGGCCCCUCCCGCAGAGCCCUCCCUGCAACGCCUCCAACAAGAUAUGUUGAACUCUUUGGCCUCUGGCGAAGGGACGGUAGACGAAACCAAUGCGUUGAUGCUCAUCCAAGGCGUGUACGGUCAAGUGAUGGGUGGGAUGUUUGGCCAGGAGACGAGCACGAUCGGCGAGUAUCUGAACAAUCUGCCCGACUACAACUACGUGGAGGGGGAAUCUCUGAUUUCCGAUCUCUCCAUGACGAUUGCUCGAGAGAUCACGUUCAGUGACCUGAUCCAGUUUGUGAUGGGCACCCCGAAUGCCUCACUCAAUCGAGUUCAAGGACCCUUGAGACAGUUCCUCACCCGGGUCCUCUCCCAACGUCUACCUGGCCGUCAAAGCCAAUCAAAUGGCGACACUCCGACCAAUUUGAGCCCAUCCGAAGUGCGUGAAGCCACGCUUCGAUUUUGUGACGAGAUUUUUCCCGAGUUUGAAGAGAUGACCCAAGAUGUGAAUGUGCGAGAGGACGUGAACUUCCCGGAAACUCUCCACGAGUUCUUCUCCCAAAGCAUGGUGCCCAUGAUCAACUUCAUCUUGACGUCCAGUGGCGAAGAGUUCUCCCAAAAUGUCACAGAGCGAAUAACUCACUUGGGCGAAGAGCUCUUCACCUUGUGCCGUCAAUGCUUCACCGAUGAUCUGGCCAGUGUGGAACGAUUGAUCGACGCCCGAAUCGGAUCCCUGAGUCGGAACGUGGGACCCAUUCUUCAGCAAUGGAGCAUGUCCACCUCCAUGGGACACAUUCGGAACUUCUUGGCCAGAGUGAACUUGCCCGACUCAGAGGUUGUUCACUACGUUGUGUCCCCUAGCCAAGUGGAGACGAGAGUGGCCGCCAGGAACGAGCGGCGCCAGCAGGAACACUCCCAAGCGCCCGCCAACGACCUGGAUUCAGAUGGCAAUGAUGAAGACCAGUUCGUCACGCCGCGGUCAUCAGGGUCUCCAGUGUCGAUGGAUGUGGAUGAGCCUGUAGCGGGAAGUUCCACCUCCUCGUCGCCCAAAAAGGAUGAGGAUGUGGAGAUCCAAUUCGCCGUUCCUGAACCGAUCGAUGAGAGCCAAUUGCGGUUCCCGUCCUCGCUCCUUUCCACACCAGGAAUGGGUCCCGACAUGCUGAUCGGAUCCGAGCCUUGGCAUCGCGCUGUUCCCCAGGAUUGGGUGCCCGUGAUUGCCCGUGAUGGGCAACAGACGCGGAACCUGCCCCAACAGCAACAGCCUUUCUCGGAUGCGUAUCUUUCCACCCAACCCGCCAAGCGCAGGAAACUGGCAUCGCACGAGAAAAUGGAAGGCUCCGUAUCGACCGUGGUGGGAUCAACAGUGCGGAAUGCCAUUCAGAAUGCGGGCGUUCAGCCCACGUCCUCGAUUGAAACUGUGAUCAGAGAGGUGUCCAAUCAUCACGACGUGACGCAAGCGGUCACGGAAGAGACCCAAAGAGCCUUGAGAAGAUCAUUGAGAAGCAAUCCGGACUUUUCCAAAGAACGCUUUCCCAAUGCUGAGCGACUGUUGAAGAAAUGAAAUGCUAGUAGUGGCCCUCUUACGGGAUUGGAAUUUUGACUUGCCCCCGUCAUCUGUGAGGGCUUCAAUUAUUAUCUGAAUUUUGUACGUCUUGGCAAUGUACAUAAUACUGUUCUAUUUUCAUUCGGUUUCCAUCGGUCGAUCGGUAGGUCGGUCAAUGAAGCAAGCACACCGAUUCAACGAAACUAUCCAACCGUCAGUUCGUGGUCGAGCUGCCGAGGAAAAAUGUGCACGUUUUAUAAUGUACUCUGCUUUUACGGUGUUCCAAAGUCUGAAACAUGAGUGGUAAAAGAAUAAAGAAUCGUGACCGAUACCCAUUACAAA